UAUGACGCCAUUAUGACGCCAUGUUGCCUUCUAUCCCGUCGCCGCUCGGCGCCACCGGCUGGUGGCUGCUCACGACCGCGGCGGCCGAGCGCCUGUCGGAUGCCCCGUACAUGGCGUGCGAGGGAACUGAGGUCAUUAAGAGAGUCACCUGGGAGAACAUCCACAUCUUGGUAGACAAGUGGCCAGACAUUGAUCUACCACAUUCCCGAGUCAUUCGAAAGGUGUUAUGGGCCAUCACACACAAUCAGAUGUUGGAGGAACACUUCCAAGAUUGUGGUUUCGCCUUGGCCACGAUUAUUUUGGUGGCCUUGCGGGCGAUUGACUACGAUGAUGGCAGAGAAGAUGCCCAGAAGAUGUUCCAGUACCUCACGCAGCAACUGCUGCCGCGCCUGGAACCUCACAACGCUGUGGCGAAAGACUGGGCGGCCGACCUUACGGAUCUCAGGAUCUACCCCUUCCUGCUGGGCUUAACGCCGCGGCACGACUGCUACGGCAGCAAGCUGAAAAUCUUCGUCUACGAUCUGCCGCAUUUGACGCGAGGCGUUCUGCAUUGCCACCACGGUCAGUGGGGAUUAGAAGCGCUGAUCCCACACUGGCUUCGCCAAGGGAGUUGCAGCACCCAAGAUGCCGAGGA